AUGCCUGUAAAGAAAAGGACGAAUGCUAUUAAAAAAAAGAGUGUUACAUUUUCUGAUGACACUACAGUAACACAAAAUGAACAUAAUAAGAAAGAUAAGGACAGUGAACAUCCACCAGUAUCUGUGAAGAAAACUAUUUUUACUAUUCCAAUCCAUUUAUUAGGUCUAUUGUACUGCUACAUAUUUGUAUCUGAAUCAUUUGAUACAUUAAAGUUACUAUGUGGACUAAUUCCAACACAAAUUUUAUAUGUGAUAUUGCAAUUUAAUAGAAAUACAGUUUAUGGUAACAAAAGAUUGAAGGUCAAUGUAUUACUAAUCUUCAUUGCAGUAUUUGCUGCUCUUGGUGUGAGUUUGCCUAUAAUGUUAGGCAUUAUUUUGUUUGGGGCACCGUUGAUAGACAAGAGCAAGGAAACACUUUUAUUGGCGUUGCAUGCUAGUUUCUUGGCAUAUCCUGCAAUUUAUUCUGUAUUCAAUUGUAAUUUUAAAGUAGGUACAUGGAAAAAAUAUUUUAUUUUUAUAAUAUUGGGCGGUUGGAUCAGUUGUAUUGUUAUACCACUUGAUUGGGAUAGAGAAUGGCAAGCUUGGCCAAUUCCAGUUGUUAUAGGGUCAUAUAUCGGUGCAUUCUUUGGCUAUAGUACCGGCUCAUAUUUCCUAUAG